AUGGCAGAUCAGCCCAACGAGAAGACCGAGGUCGCCGCUCCUGUUGCCGACGCGCAGGAAGCUCCCGCCACCGAAACCAAGCCGACCGAAUCUUCGGUUGAGGAGAAUGCCGCAAAGACCGACGGCGAGAACAAGGAGGAUGCCAAGCCCGCGGAUGAACCCAAGGCGACCGAGAGCUCAGAGAAGACAACUGAGAGCGCGACCGAGAAGCCCACUGAAGCUGAGGAGAAGCCCGCUGCUGAUGGUGGCGAUAUCGAGAUGAAGGACGCGACCGAGGAGCAGGUCGCCGAGGGGCCCGAGGCGGACAGCGCUGCUCCCCCUGCUGAUGGCGAGACUGCGCCUGUUAGCGCUACUGUUGAGACCCCGGCGGGUAAGGGCAAGGGCCGUCGCAAGUCGGCAGCCGGCGAAUCUAAGGGCAAGACCCUGAACAGGAAGAAUUCCAAGGCCCGGCUCACUCACGCCGAUGCGAAGCCUGGUGACCAUUUCCUUGUGAAGCUCAAGGGCUUCCCAGCGUGGCCCGCGAUUAUUUGCGACGAGUCCAUGCUCCCUCUGGCGCUCGUCAACAGCCGCCCAGUUACUGCGGCUCGCCCCGAUGGCACCUACGCUGAGGCUUAUGCCGAUGGCGGCAAACGUGUCAACGACAGGAGCUUCCCUGUCAUGUAUUUGCACACCAACGAGUUCGGUUGGGUUGCCAACAAGGAUCUCACUGCCCUUUCCCCUGAGAAGGCCGAGGAGACCGUUACCGAGAAGAUGCGAAAGGACCUGAAGGAGGCAUUCCACCUCGCGGCCGAGAACAACCCGAUCGAUCACUACAAGGACAUACUUAAGAAGUUCCAGGACGAGAUGAUUGCUCAAGAGGAGGCCAAGAGGGAGGCUGCUGCUACCCCUAAGAAGACUAAGAAGGGCAAGGCUAAGGCAGUUGAAGAGGACGAGGAUAUGGCCGAUGUGGACGACAUCGAGGAGAAGCCCAAGUCUAAGAAGCGCAAGGCCGAGGAAGCUGUCAGCACACCUCAGCGACCCGAUUCUGUCAAGAAGCCAAAGAUCAAGCUUAACACGUCUACGCCUAAGGCUAAUGGCACCCCUAAGGGCAAGGACGAGUCGGCUGCCAAGUCCAAGACCAAGUCAAAGAAGAACGGUGACAAGAAGGCUGAGGCACCCAAGGAGUCCAAGAUGACUCCCGAAGAGCGACGGAACCGCAAGGAGAAAGAGGUUCUGUACCUCCGUCACAAGCUCCAGCGCGGGCUCCUGGCCCGGGAUCUGCCACCUCAGGAGUCUGAGAUGAAACAAAUGUCCGAGUACAUCACGAUCCUGGAGAACUUCAACGACCUCGAAGUCUCCAUCAUCCGCACGACCAAGAUUAACAAGGUCCUCAAGGCGAUCCUGAAGCUCGAGUCAAUCCCCCGCGAGGACGAGCUUCACUUCAAGGAUCGUUCCCAGUCGCUACUGGAUAAGUGGAACAAGCUGAUGGCCGGCGACUCGGCAUCGACCCCAACUGCCACUAACGGUGUCAAUGGCAAGGCCGAGGAGAAGAAGGCCGAGGCCAAUGGUGUCAAGGAAGACACCGAGGAGCCCAAGAAGGACGAGCCAGAGAAGAAGGAGGCCUCUGAGCCAAAAUCCGAGGCUGGCGAGGAUGACGAGAAGCCAACUUCCGACAAGGUACAUUCCCCUUCAUGA